GCACGGCUCCCCGAGCAGGCGCGAUCCGAGCCGCGAGCGGCGGAACUCUCUCCGCGGCCGCCAGAAUUUGCCUCUGACGGCCCGUGAGCCCCGCCAUCGCAGAGGUCCAGAUCCGGACGGAGAUUUGAUCACCACCAUCACCUUUGGAGCAGAGCGGACGGAGGGUCGGACAACUGCGGAGACCCCGGAAUCCAACCUUCCAAGCCUGACUCCCCCGCCCACCGCCAAUGCUGCGGAGAAGCCACGCUCUGAGUCCCCGGCGCUGAAGCUGAGCCCAAGGCAUUUUCUGCGCAAGGGCGCCGGCCUUGCCACACAGGAGGCCGUGGCCGCUGUGAAUCGCCAGCGCUUCGGGCGCCGGCAGCCGCAGCCCGAAGAGGUCGAAGAGGCGAGCCCUCCCAUCAGACCGCCUCUGCCUCACAUCAACCAGAACACUUCCGAGCGCACAUCUCUGCGAAGGCCGAGUAUGGGCAUCCCGACGAUCGAACUGACGAGGCUUGGCACAGAUAGCGACGUUCUGCCCGCUCUGCAGCGCACCCCUUCCUCGAACCACUCCCCUAUGGACCGUGUGGUCUCGCACCUGUCGCAGGCAGCCAGUGACAGCGUCGCUUGGCCAGACAGUGCCAGCUCAGCGGCUGACGACCCAACCUCUCCCUCCCGCUCGCUCGAAGCCUUCGAUGGGCUCUCCUCUAACAACGGCCAAGCCACGACGAUCAAUGUGUGGGUUCAGGAGCCGGAAAGGCGCGGGAUCUCCGCCAUUCAGUUCGAGCGCUUCUUCAACCGCUUCUGUGGCGAUGUGAUCUACGAGGAUUUGGAAGAACCGAAGCCACUGUGCCUGCCGACCACGCUCUGCCAAGCUUGCGUGCAGGCCAAUCGUGCUGACCCGGAGGUGAAGAAUCGAAGCAAGCGUCCCAGGGAGACGAACCUCUACGCUGUCACCGAGCUCAUCAUCAAGCCUGAGACAGCAGUGCUGGGCGUGUCCUACUCUGAGCUGAUCAACCCAGAUGGCUUGCAAGUGGACUACUUCAUCUCGCACCAUUGGGCAGAAGAUUUCGGUGAGUUCGUGCAGAGCGUGUUGCGGCACGCCAUCGUCGCCGCUCCUGAGAUGGGUGGCCUCAUGGAGUGGACUUCAGUGGUUUAUUGGUGCUGCGCCUUUGCCAACAAUCAGCACCAGGUCGAACUGGGUGAGACCCUGCAGAAGAGUCCCUUCUACCAGGCUCUGAAUUCCAAGAACUGCAGGGGCACAGUGAUGAACCUGAACCAGGCUGCAACGGCUCUCGACCGGAUCUGGUGCAUCUAUGAGGUCUACCUCACCCACAGCUUGGAGAAGCCUUUCACCCUGAACUUCAAGCUGGGUCCUCUCGUGGGCGUGGUUCAGGAAACGAAAGAGAAGGAUUCCUGGGUCUUCCACAUCUUCAAAAUGCUGCAGCACAUCGACGUCCAACAGGCCGAUGCUACCAAUCCAGACGACUACCGCAAGAUCAUGGGAGAGAUCGCCAACUUUCAGAGCCGGGACGGGCGCAGUGGGCCCCAGGCGCUCAACCGCAUCGUCAAAGCCAUGCUCGGAUCACAGGCCAUCUUCACGCUGGCACGUCGGGGCGACAUGGGCGCGGUUCGCCGGGCGCUUGAGCUGGAUGCUGACCCGAAUAUCCCGGACACGCUGGGGAUCCGACCCCUCACGUAUGCUGCCGGCAACGGCCAUGACGAGGUGGUGCAGACGCUUAUCGCCGGCAAGGCUGACGUACGUGCCCAGAGGGGUGCCAACGAGGUGUUGGCCAUGUUUUCACCGAACCGGGCAGAGCGGCGACGAUGCAUCGACUUCGUUCGAGCGUUGGAUGAGGCAGAAACGGGCGGGGUGCACAGCCAGGCAAUUAGCAGGGCCCUGCUCCAGCACACCACCUCCCGAUGUCAAGAUCUCACAUCUGCACUCGAUGCCGAUAACGCGGAGUUGCGGCUGGAGGUGGUGCGUGAGCUGCGAUCUCUGCUGCACGCUCUGGUUGACCACCGGAACAAGCUCAUGCGAGAUCAGGAGGAGGCGGAGGAUCAGGCCGCCCGGGAUCCUGAUGAUCCCGCCUCUGGGGAGGACGAGCGAAUUGCCAUCGGCCGCCAUGCAAGGAGCCUUGCACCGUACAUGGCGGAUCCCGAUCCAAGAGUGCGCAUCGCUGUGGUGGAAGCCGUCACCAGCAUCAAGGCCUUCGACCUCUCCUGCCUGAAGGUUCCCAAGCGGAUGAUCCAGGAGGACGACCUUCAUAUCGUCAUCAACUCGUCUGAGAAGCUGAAUGUCGUCCACCUUGCCGCGAUGCAGCCGUACCCCAACGCUUUGUACAUGCUCGCGACGGGCGUCGACUGGGCUCUAGAGCCAAAGGCUCUCCGGGCCCUAGAUGGGCUCGGCAGAAAUAUCGCGCACCUGGCAGUUAAGAGUGGUCACCUCGAAUGCCUGGCUAUGAUGGUUGGAGAGCAGAAACUUCCUCGCUCGAACCUGAUGCUCAAGGACUCCGAAGGGCGUACGCCGGUCCACUAUGCAGCUCUAAAUGGCGACUCAGGAAGCCUGCGGGCGUUCGUCGAUCUUGCGAGCCUGACGCCGGGGGAGCUGACCUCGCCCGACAACACCGGCAGCCAUGCCGCCCACCUGGCCACAGCACGAAAGUACUGGCGAUUUCUCGGUGUCCUCGUAAAUGAUUGCGGGAUCUCGGUGGAUGCCCUUUGCUUGC